AUGCCGGCUGCUCCCAGGUGGCCUGGCAGCCUAGCAUCCUACCACGGCUCCUCGACCGAUCUUACAGCCUCGGUCAAUAGCAAUGGCCCCAGCUACCUCGACGUGAAGUGCGAGGUUAUGGCCCAAUGGCUUCACUCAAAGCAGGAAGAGAAGAUUUGGACAAGCGGCGAGCCUGGCGAGGGUGUACUUGUCAAGAAGUCGAAAGGAUCGUAUGCGUUCUCUCCGGCUGAACUUUUCGAGGAUGGCUCUGGUCUGUACCAGGCCGUAGCCGCAUUGAAUGUCAGGAUCCACCGAACACUCCGCCUCCAGGUCGUUCCUGACGUUAGCGCCCUGCCACACUGCCAAAGACAUCAGUCUGCUGCAUUCAUCUCCAACACCGCCACACUUCUGGUAUGGGAAGACGAGCCCACAAGAUUGCUUGAACGAGCGGAGUACAUCCAGGAUGCUCUGAUGAAGAUGUCCUGGAAGCCCGCGACCGCCGAAGAAGGCGCGGAGGAGAAGGGCGAUAGCAAGAAGCCGUUCGUACAAAUCGAAGAGUACGAUGAGAUGACAGAGGAGGAGGCCGGUAUGGAAGAGAAGCCCCGCGAGACUGUUUUGUGGCAGUGUCUCUACGAGGGCGCCACAAUUGCUCUCGUCAUCGGUUGCAUUGGCGCUGGUUGGAGAUGGGUCGCUGUCGAGCACAUUCAGGAUCCCAACUGGAUGCGUCUGCUCUUCAUCAUCGUCCUGCCCGCUCAGGCGUGGCUCGCUCUAUUCUUCUUCCAAGCCCUGAUUGGUGAUCUCGCCCAAUUGUUCGGUCCCGUCGGUCAGAUGGAGAGGAACACCAAGUACUACUCUGGCAAAGCACCUCGCCGUCUUCACCGCGACACUUUCGGUCCCUUGCCUCACGUCACCAUCCAGAUGCCCGUCUACAAGGAAGGUCUUCGCGCUGUCAUUGAACCCACUGUUCGUUCCAUCAAGCAAGCCAUUUCCACGUACGAGCUCCAGGGUGGCACGGCCAACAUCUUCGUCAACGACGACGGUAUGCAGCUGAUCUCCGAAGAGGAGGCCAGGGCUAGACAAGACUACUACGAUGAGAAUCAGAUUGGCUGGGUCGCGCGUCCCAAGCACAACCCCAAGCCUGCCGAAGGCGAGAAGAUGUUCCUGCGUCGCGGAAAGUUCAAGAAGGCCUCCAACAUGAACUACGCUAUGCGUCUAUCCACUCAGGUCGAGGAGGCGCUCGCUGCCAUGCCCCGCCACAACAUGUGGACUCAGCACGAUGAGAACAAUGCUUACCGCACUGCCCUGCAACGCAUCCUCGCUGAGCGCAAUGGCGAAGCAUGGGCCGAUGGCAACAUCCGCAUGGGCGACUACAUCCUGAUUAUUGAUUCCGAUACCCGUGUGCCCAACGACUGCUUCCUCGAGGCCGUCUCCGAGAUGGAGCAAUCGCCCCAAGUUGCUAUCCUCCAGUACGCUUCUGGUGUCAUGAACGUCACAAACUCUUUCUUCGAGAACGGCAUCACCUUCUUCACGAACCUCAUUUACACCAUGAUCCGCUUCGCUGUCUCCAACGGUGACGUAGCCCCCUUCGUCGGCCACAACGCUAUCCUCCGCUGGUCCGCCCUGCAAAACAUCGAAUACGAGUGCGAGGAGGACGGAUGGGAAAAAUGGUGGUCCGAGUCCACCGUGUCUGAAGACUUCGACAUGGCGCUGCGCCUGCAGGCUGAAGGCUACAUUGUGCGCCUCGGUGCCUACAAGAACGGCGGCUACCAGGAAGGUGUUUCUCUUACCGUGUACGACGAACUCGCCCGGUGGGAGAAGUACGCAUACGGCUGUAACGAGCUGAUCUUCCACCCCUUCAAGGACUGGAUAUUCAAGGGCCCCUUCACAAAACUCUUCCGCACCUUUAUCACCUCCAACAUGCCUCUGCACUCUAAGCUCACCAUCCUGGCGUACAUUGGCACAUACUACGCGCUGGGCAGCUCCUGGGUCCUCACGCUCAUGAACUACGUCAUCAUUGGUCUCUUCAACGGCCAUCUCGACCACUACUACCUCGACUCGUUCAAGAUCUAUUUCUCGAUUGUAAUCGUCUUCACCGCAGUCGGCAACGUCGCGCUCGCAGUCCUGCGCUACAGGAUCGGCGAGUGCGGUCUCAUUCGCGCGCUCUUCACGAACCUGAAAUGGAUCCCCCUCCUUACCAUCUUCCUCGGCGGCGUAUCCCUCCACGUCUCGCAAGCCCUCGUCUGCCACUUCUUCAGCAUCGACAUGCAAUGGGGUGCCACCAACAAGGAAGUCGAGGACAUCUCCUUCUGGGCCGCGCUCAGCGACGUCGCCAAAAAGUUCAAGUACACAUUUGCUUUCUGCUUCGCCAUGACGGCGGCCAUGGUCUGCAUGGCGUUUGUUGUACCCGAGGUCUGGCAGAUUCGCCUCCUUACCGCGGUCUUCCCUAUGGGCUUGGUGGUUGUCAAUCACUUUUUGCUUCCUAUUGUUCUUAACCCGCAAUUGAUGACCUUCACUUGGUGA